CUUUCAAGCCCCAAAAUCAAAGAUGAAGCUGAAAGCUGUCAGGCUCGUUGUGCUCCUUGCCCUUCUUGGGGUUUCCUACAUACAGGCGGUUGUAGUUGGUCCCCAGCAAAGGCCCAACAACAACAGAAAUGGCUAUCGCUAUAAUGGACCCGCCCACAAAUAUCUGCCAUCGGAGGAACCGCUUUCGGAUGGCAGCAACAGGGACUCGCAUCGCCCACAGGAGGAAAAGCAGCAACAUCAUAGUCACCAGGAGUGGCAGCAGUCACAUGGUCCGGAGCAGCAUCAAGAGCGUCAGCAACCGCAGACACAGCGUCACAGGCAGGAGGAGAGUGACUCUUGGCAGUCGGUGCUCUCCAACCAGCAAUAUCAGAGCUUGGGACAGCAGCAACCUCAACAAAACUCUGACCGCCAGGCACACAGCGAAGGCUCCAACUAUCAGCAACAUCAGAGCUUAGGCCAUAACCAGCAACACCAUCAUGAAUUAGGUCACCAGCAACAGCAUGAACAGCAGCAACAUCUUCACGCGCAACAUCAUCACGGUUCUGGUCGUCAGCCCAACGAACACUAUUCCGAACCUGCUCAUCCGCAGCAGCAACACCAUCAUGAAUUGGGUCACCAGCACCAUCAGGAGCAGAGAGAAGAGUCCUGGAACUCGGUUCAAAGGCCGCAUCACCAGGGUUACGGUUUGCAACAGCAACACCAUCAUGAAUUAGGUCACCAGCAACAGCAGGAGCAGAGAGAAGAGUCCUGGAACUCGGUUCAAAGGCCGCAUCACCAGGGUUACGGUUUGCAACAGCCACCUGAGCAUAAAUUGGGUCACCAGCAACAGCAGGAGCAGAGAGUAGAGUCCUGGAACUUGGUUCAGCAUCCUCAGCAUCACCAGGGUUACGGCUUGCAACAGCAACCUGAGCAUAAAUUGGGUCACCAGCAACAUCAGAGAGUAGAGUCCUGGAGCUCGGUUCAGCAUCCUCAGCAUCACCAGGGUUACGGUUUGCAGCAGCAGCAACCUGAGCAACACCAACAGCAGCAGGAGCAACCCAAUCGCUAUGAGCAACGGCGUCCUCUGCCUGGUAACCUUUGGCAACCAAUUCGUGAGCUUGACCUGGACAGACUCCCUUCGGCUGAGGCCCACGCCAAUAGUCAAAAGACGAUCCCUUCUCCCGGACAAGAUGUGAAGUUGGUUCCAAGCUACACGCUCUCAAGCGAUUUGGACAACGAUCAAUUUAUUGGUUUGGAUGCUUUGGACACUCGUCUGCUGACCCAAUCUUUGCCAAACGUCUACCGCAAACAGUUAUUCUCCUCGCCUUCGGGACUUUCAUCUUUGGGUCAGCGACAGCAUGACCAUCAGCUGAGCGGUUCACCAGCAUCAAGUGGUUCACACGGGAGUUAUCACGGUAGUGCUCUUGAUGGAGCCUCCUCUGAUUUCCUUCAGAUGCAAUCCCAAUCGUACCAAUUACCCUCCACUCAAAGCACUCAAAGGGAUUGGCCCCAAAACGAGGAACACCGCCAACAUGAAUCCCAGCAGGAAAUAAUUGGCAAACGACAAUACUCGGCUAGUGCCCAUGCCGUAUCCCCGCCAUAUUUGCACUCCCCCCAACCUUUGCAAUCCUCCAAAAAUGGCUUAACCCAUCCCAGCCGGGAGUUUCAGCCACCCUACUACUAAAACCAACGUUUCGGAUAUUUGUUCAUACCACAUAUUUCACAAUUGAAUCAAAAAUCCCGAGCAUAGUUAAGAAGUCCAUUCUCAAAGUAACAUAUUCAACAUUUGCAUUUUUUUUUUUAAAGGAUUUGGUCGGAAAUUCAAAUUCCAUCAAAAAGGAUUGUACAGAUUACUGAAAACAUUUUUUUUUAGUUUAAUAAAGUAUGGUAAAACAAUA